AUGAAACUAAACCAGGGAUUCCCAAAGUGUGGUUUUUCCCUUGCAGGGAAGAAAGAGGAACCUCAACUUCCUCAGAAGACUCACACAACAUUUGGAGCUCCAGGAUCAAGUGGAGGAUACGGGAACAACCAGCAGCUCCCAUCAUUCUAUAAAAUAGGGACAAAAAGAGCUAAUUUUGAUGAGGAAAAUGCGUAUUUUGAAGACGAUGAAGAGGAGUCCAGCAGCAACGUGGAUCUUCCGUACAUUCCAGCUGAGAACUCCCCCACACGGCAGCAGAUGAAGUCAGGUGGUGGCUCUGAUAGCGAAGAUGACCCCUUGGAUGCCUUCAUGGCAGAAGUUGAGGACCAAGCAGCCAAAGACAUGAGGAAACUCGAGGAAAAGGAGAAAAAGUUGUCCAAGGGUGUUCGUGAUGACAUUGAAGAAGAAGAUGAACAAGAAGCCUACUUCCGCUACAUGGCAGAGAAUCCCACCGCUGGGCUCACCCAAGAAGAAGAAGAAGACAUUGUUGACUAUGAUAGCGAUGGAAAUCCAAUUCCUUCUGCGACCAAGAAAAUCAUCAUGCCACUUCCUCCUAUUGACCACUCUGAGAUUGACUAUCCACCAUUUGAGAAAAACUUUUACAACGAGCACGAGGAGCUCGGUUGCCUCACUGGGACUCAGGUGUUGGACUUGCGGCACAAACUCAACUUGAGAGUAUCCGGCGCCGCCCCUCCGAAACCUUGCACCAGUUUCGCCCACUUUGGCUUUGAUGAGCAGCUGAUGCACCAAAUUAGAAAGUCUGAAUAUACUCAGCCUACGCCGAUUCAGUGUCAGGGUGUUCCUAUUGCUCUGUCUGGACGUGACAUGAUUGGCAUUGCCAAAACGGGCAGCGGGAAAACUGCUGCUUUCAUCUGGCCCAUGCUGGUUCACAUCAUGGACCAGAAGGAGCUGGAACCUGGAGAGGGGCCUAUAGCAGUCAUUGUGUGUCCCACUAGAGAGCUCUGUCAGCAGAUUCAUGCAGAAUGUAAGCGUUUUGGGAAAGCCUACUCAUUGCGUUCUGUGGCUGUCUAUGGAGGAGGCAGUAUGUGGGAACAGGCCAAGGCUUUGCAGGAUGGAGCAGAAAUUGUUGUGUGCACACCAGGACGCCUGAUUGACCAUGUUAAGAAGAAGGCUACAUCCUUGCAGAGAGUAACCUACCUGGUGUUUGAUGAGGCUGAUCGCAUGUUUGAUAUGGGCUUUGAAUAUCAAGUCAGAUCUAUAGCCAGCCAUGUCCGCCCAGACAGACAAACUCUUUUGUUUAGUGCUACUUUUCGAAAGAAGAUUGAAAGGUUGGCUAGAGACAUCCUGAUAGAUCCUAUCCGUGUGGUCCAAGGUGACAUCGGAGAGGCUAACGAGGAUGUGACUCAGGUGGUGGAGAUGCUGCCCAGCGGGAUGGAUAAAUGGUCUUGGUUGACCCGCCGGCUGGUUGAGUUCACCUCCACUGGAUCUGUCCUUAUUUUUGUCACCAAGAAGGCUAACAGUGAGGAGCUGGCUACUAACCUUCAGCAGGAAGGCUACAGCCUCGGCCUCCUGCAUGGAGACAUGGACCAGAGUGAGAGGAACAAGGUCAUCAGCGACUUCAAGAAGAAGAACUUGCCCGUUCUGGUUGCAACUGACGUAGCCGCCCGUGGUCUGGACAUCCCAUCCAUCCGCACUGUUGUGAACUAUGAUGUGGCACGUGACAUCGACACACACACUCACAGGAUAGGUCGAACUGGUCGUGCUGGGGAGAAAGGUGUGGCCUACACACUCCUCACCAACAAAGACACCUCGUUUGCUGGAGAUCUGGUGCGGAAUCUCGAGGGAGCCAAUCAGGCUGUUUCUAGAGAGCUGAUGGAUUUAGCCAUGCAGAAUCCCUGGUUCAGAAAGUCACGAUUUAAGGGUGGCAAAGGGAAGAAGCUGAACAUUGGUGGAGGGGGUCUCGGUUACAAGGAGAGACCGGGGCUGGGGGCUGAAAGCUCUGAGCGCAGCAGUAGCAGCUUGUUGUCUUCCUGUAGUAGCUUUGAAGGUUACAGUAAGCCAACAACUGGGGCAAUGGGGGAUCGCAUGUCUGCAUUGAAGCAAGCCUUCCAGGCUCAAUAUAAAAGCCACUUUGUGGCUGCAACCAGCGGCCCUCCGAAGCUCAGCACCAAAUCUAACAGCUCCUCCGGCUGGACGAGUGCCGGCAGCCUCAACUCUGUGCCAACAGAGUCUGCCAAUGGCUCAGAGCGGCACAAUAUAGGCGCUUUUUCAAUGCCCGGCUUCACCAGUGCAGGCUCCCUGAGCUCAGUGCCCACCAGUCCGACCAGUUUACAGCAAAGCAGCCCAUCACCUGCACCUCCCUCACACAGAGAAAGCUCACGAGACAGACAUGGAGAGGGACGUCAUGGAGACGGUCACCAUCGCCACGGUGACAGGAGUGAUCGGCACAGUGGGGAUGAUUAUCACAGAGACCGGGAUCGUCAUGGAGACAGAGAUCGUGACCGACACGGGGACCGGGAUCGCCAUAGCAGUCGCCACAGCGACAGCCGCAACGGUGACAGGAGGGACAGAGAAGACCGGAGGAGUGAUAGGGAUGGGGGAGACAGGGGGAGCGGAGAAGGGAGGGACAGAGAGGACAGGAGGAGUGAUAGGGAUGGGGGAGACCGGGGGAGCGGAGAAGGGAGGGACAGAGAUGACAGGAGGAGUGAUAGGGAUGGGGGAGACAGGGGGAGCGGAGAAGGGAGGGACAGAGAUGACAGAAGGAGUGAUAGGGAUGGGGGAGACAGGGGGAGCGGAGAAGGGAGGGACAGAGGAGACGACAGCUUUGCAGUUCCCGACCCACCAAAACGUAGAAAGAGUCGGUGGGAUAACUAAAGCUAAAUAAACAAACUUCCCAUUGAAUCAUACGUGCAGCCAUCUCACUCCUGCUCCAUAACAAGCUCGUCUGUUUUAGGCAGAUCGAACACAUCAGAGGCUAAACGUAGCACAGACCUGUAGGAGGUUUUAUUUAUGCAGAAUGAACAAAAACUGGACUGGUGAUGAUGAAGUUCAUGUGAGCAGACCUCAAAGUUUGUUCAGGGUAGGCAACUCUUAAAACAGCCAGUGUACAUAUUCUAUCAAGCCCGAUGUUACUGUAAGUCAAGUGAAACUGAAUGAUAAUUUCAGCAAAACUACAAAAAAAUGUGUUUUUCUCACUGAGCGUCUAACAUGGCCUUGUGCUUGCCGAGCUCAUGCUUUAUCUUUUCCUUUGGAUUUAAGUGAGUUUGCAUUUUGUUUAUUUGCAGAACUUUGAUGUCCGUGUCUAAACUAUGUACAGCUCUUGUGAAUCGUUUUCAAGUUUUAGUGAAGUGCCUUUCCAUGGCAUGUAGUCUGUGAGGUGUUUUUCAAGAAGAAACUUAUGUUGAAGAGAUAUUUCAGGUGUACAACAACACAACAAAUAAAAGUUUUGAUCAAAGAGA